ACAUUGCAUAGUGCCACUCAUUGUCUCUAACCCGGCUGACAGUCAUUUCAAACAGUUGUUAGGUGAAUGAAAGUUGCGUCCAUGCGGGGUAUCGGUGUCAAAUUCACUUAACAACGCGCAUCCAGCUUCUACACUCCGCGCAAAGCAAAACGUGGCUGAUGAAAAAACCCCUCUCCUGUUCUGAAUGAAGCGAGUCGUUUACAAGUGAAGAGUUGAGACACUUUUUCAAAGUUGCUCAACAAAAAAAUCAUCACCAACUCUGGUCAAUAUUUACAGAAGCAGGUUAGUGAUUAACUGUCCGGGGUUGCAGUGCAGCUGCACACUGUCCCAGCACACGGAGAACGAGCAGUGUCCGCUUUACAAUGCUGUGCGUUCGGGUUUGGAGAGGUCUGAGUCCCCGGUGCAGAGGAGGUCACUUGACAGCAUGGAACCGAUCCCGGAGCCACACCGGCGCUGCUGCUGCCAAGCUGGACCUCAGCGGGAUUUAUCCGCCCAUAGCCACCCCGUUUACCGCCAAAGAGGACGUGGACUACCACAGGCUGCAAGAAAACCUGCAGAAAUAUGCCAAGAUACCAUUUAAAGGUCUGGUGGUUCAGGGCUCCAACGGCGAGUAUCCGUACCUGACGGAGGAGGAGCGGGUGGAGGUGGUGAGGACGGUUAGACGCUCCUUGCAGGCGGACAAACUGGUGAUGGCUGGAUCAGGCUGUGAAUCCACCAGAGCCACAGUGCAGCUCACAGAGAGGAUGGCAGCGGCCGGAGCUGACGCUGUCCUGGUGGUAAAUCCCUGCUUUUACAAGGGCAAGAUGGACAGCCACGCUCUCAUCCAGCACUUUACAAAGGUGGCGGACAGCAGCCCAGUGCCGGUGGUACUGUACAGUGUUCCUGCCAACACUGGGCUGGAGCUGCCGUUGGACGCUGUGGUGCAUCUGUCUCAACAUCCAAACAUCGUGGGCCUUAAAGACAGCGGAGGAGAUAUCACACGGAUUGGCCUGAUUGUUCACAAAACCAAAACACAGGAUUUCCAGGUGUUGGCGGGCUCAGCAGGGUUUCUCAUGGCCGCCUAUUGUGUUGGUGCAGUUGGAGGAGUGUGUGCGCUCGCUAACGUUCUGGGCCAGGAGCUGUGUGAGCUGGAGCGUCUGUGUGUGUCCGGUCGCUGGGAGGAAGCCAGAGUCUUGCAGCAGCGCCUCAUCGAGCCCAACGCCGCCGUGACCAGGAAGUUGGGAGUUCCCGCCCUCAAGCAGGCGAUGGAGUGGUUCGGUUUCCACGGAGGCGCCUGUCGAUCACCUCUUCAGCCGCUCACAGAGGCCGAAACCAAGCAGCUGAGGCGGGACUUCUCCUCCAACGGCUGGCUGUGAGGUGUGUGUGUGUGUGUGUCUUCACUUUACCUGGAAACCUUUUAGCUGUUCAGGCCUUAGAUCUGUCCUCCAUGUGACAUGGGAUGGAGGCGGUGGGGAGUGAGGGGUUGGAAGAAAGAAAAUAAAUCUGUUGCUGCCUCAUAUCCGCCCGUAAAAAUAUCAAAAACCCAAUCACCUUAUUUUGUUUCGAUUCAGUGUGGUCAACAAUACGCAAUACAAAAUGAACAGUAUUACAGACCUGUAGGUUUGUUCUGAAAUCAUCAAUGUCCAUGCUUUGUAGCAAUGUCACAGAAAAAGAAUCACAAACUUAAAUGAAUUGAAACAAGUGUGCUGAAGAGUGAUUUACAUUGUUGAUUAACCAAAAAAAAACAACUAAACCUUUUACAGACUGCAUGAUGGAUCAGUCAUUACGCUGACAACACAUCCAUAGCUCCUGUCAGACUGGCUACUUAAAUAUAAAAGCAUAACAACCAACUGUUAUCACCCAUGUAAUCAGAACAAAACACCCACUGAUUUUCUGUGUUAUUGUUAAAGAAAGUUUUUACUCAUUCUUCUGUUGACUUUACACAAAAACAAAUCACUGUCAUUCCAUCAAGUUGCUGAUGAACACUCAGUUUUCUGUAAAGUUAGAGUAAUGUUACAAAUAAAACUCUACAUCAACUUGUUUUGACAAUAAAAUUGCAUUUCACUUCA